UUAAUGUUAGUAUGUUUAUUCGAUUUCCCCCCCUUUUUUGUUCGCAGAAGGGUCCCUGGUCUGUUGUGGACCCCCUCGGCCACCGGGAGCACUGUUACCCACUCCGUGCGCACCGUGGCGUCCCUGGAUACCGCCGACGCUCCUCCACUGACCAGGAGCGACUCUCUCUGGGAGGAUCUGGGGGAGACACUACCGCUUCGGUCGGUCUGCUCCCACUUCAUCGCCGCGUGACGACGACGACGAUGAUGGUGUUGUUGAUGAAACGCAAUGGAGUCGAGCAGGGUGGAUUAAUAGUGCACCAUGAAUGACAGGUACCACAAGGCGGCCCGGGACGGCUACCUGGACCUGCUGAAGGAGGCAACUCGGAAGGAUCUGAACGCGCCGGAUGAGGAUGGCAUGACCCCGACGUUAUGGGCUGCUUAUCACGGCAACCUGGAGGCUCUGCGGCUGAUCGUGGCCAGGGGAGGAAACCCUGACAAGUGUGACAUAUGGGGGAACACGCCGCUCCACCUGGCAGCUGCCAAUGGUCACCACAACUGCCUUUUCUUCCUGGUGUCUUUCGGUGCCAACAUAUGGUGCCUGGACAACGACUACCACACGCCGUUGGACAUGGCCGCCACAAAGAAUCACAUGGAUUGUGUCCGCUACCUGGAUGCCAUCGCUACCAAGCAGACGGGGCUCAACACGAAGCUGGUCAGCAAGAUGAAGGACCGGGCGUUUCGCGAUGCCGAGCGGCGAAUCAAAGAGUGCGUGAAGAUGCAGAAGAAACACCACAAACGCAUGGAGCGGAGGUUUCAUAAGGAGACGUCGGAGGCUUCUGCAUCAGACGUCAUGAGCUUUUCCAGUUACACAAGCAGCUCUAUUAGCCACAAGCUGCACAACUUUAAUGCAGCCACAGUCAGCGUGCCAUAUUCUCAGGCUACUCUCCAUGCCACAAACAGAGGGAAGACAAAGAUUCAGAGGAAGCUGGAGAAGAGGAAACAAGGAGACGGGACCUUUAAAAUCUACGAGGAUGGGAGGAAGAGCGUGCGCUCCCUUUCUGGACUUCAGCUGGGCAACGAUGUCAUGUUUGUCAAACAGGGGACUUAUGUCAACCCAAAGGACCGUGGCCGCCGCAACGUUCGCGACAUGUUCCCCAGAGACAAUUACGAUGCCAUUUCACGUGCCAUCAGCGAGCCGGACCUCCACGGGCCGGAUGUGGACUACUCUGAGAUCAGCACCGACUCGGGACACGAUUCCUUGUUCAACAGGCCCGGUUUGGGCACCAUGGUCUUCAGGAGGAACUAUGUGAGUGGCGGGAUGUUUGACAUUGGCGGUCGUGAUGAGGACAGCGCGGACCGGUCAGGCAACAACGUGCGUUUACGCAGUCGGCUGCAGCAGUACCCGAGUGCAGAUGAAGACAGCAUCGGCAGCGCGCGCAGUCUGCAGGAGAGGAACGUGGAGGAGCUGCCCUGGGAUGAAGUCGAAUUAGGUCUGGACGAUGAUGACGAGGCCAACACGAGCCCUCUGGAGGUCUUCCUCGCCACACAGAGCAUGAGCGACUUUUUCUCCAUUUUCAAAAGAGAAAAGAUUGACCUUGAAGCACUGUUGCUGUGCUCUGACCACGAUCUUAAGAGCAUCCACAUCCCCUUAGGACCGAGGAAAAAGAUCUUAGAUGCCUGUAAGAGACACCUGGAGACCAUAGAGGACCCCGACUGCAUUGAGGACACAGAACUAUAAUAAAAGUUGUUGUAGAUGCUCCCUCCUGCUGUGUGCUCAUCCAGGCUUAAAGGUCAGUGGAGCAGUGUGGAGUGAAUGUCACGUAUGGACAGGGAGGACAUAAUGAUUUACCUCUCCUGGUACCUCAGUGGUAACAAAGCAGAAAGGACGCUGUCAACAUGAAUAUGUCAAACAAGAGGGGACGGCUGUGAAACUCUGUUACAGUGUCGUGUUAGCCUCAGGAGGAUCACUGCAAAUAUAUCUGUAUGUCGGUCGGUUGGAGUCACCUGCACUGCAUGGUUGAACAAACUGAAAGACAAUUAUCAGAGUGCAGUGCUGCGUUUAUUGUAUGCUAUGUAGCAUAGUCAACAGAGAGUUUAUUGUAGGGUCUGUGUCCCCUGAACAUGUUCGCCCCUAUGGGGUUCAUGUGCCUGCAUUGCUUGUGCCUGUGCAUUUGCUUAAAAGUGUCUUUUGUCAUAAAUACCUUUCACAUUCACGUCAUUGUAACUUUAUUAGCAACUUUUUCAAUUUCAACAUUCUGAGCAACAUUUUUACCCACAGCCCUUCGACUGUUUCCUUACUCAUUUUUCAUGUCUUUACAUGUUUACAUACAGCAAGCCAAUUAUGUUCACUGGCAAUGCAGGCCAAUUGUUCAUUGAGAUUAUACUGGUAACGUAAAUAUGAAAAUCCACUAUCUUUAGAUAAUGUCAUAACACAACAUAUAUACAUGUAGUUGUAGUUCUAUUUUGCAUGUUCAGUCCAUACAGAUUUAUAAAUCUUUGUAUAUUACUCAUGUCAGUCUUGAUAAUAUGAUGAUGAGUCUUACAACGGUUUGUAUCUUGAGUAGUUUAUAUAAUAAUGUACAUCUGCGCAGAAGCAAACUUAUGUUGACGUUUAAUAUUGCAACUUUUUAACGCUUUUAACACAAAUAAUAAAAAUACUAAUGUUUUUAAAGCUGUAAUUGCUUAACUGAUAGAUCCAUACAAUGUUCUCUCCUUACUUUAUCCUAUACUUCCUAUAUGUCAUUUGCAGAUUAGCCCAAACAGAAGAUAUGCAGAGAAUACUGUAAGAUGUGCCUUUACAAAGGAGGAUUCUGAUGUUUGACAAUGUUUAACUUAUCAAACUCUUUUAAAAUAAAAGGGA